AACAAACAGAAGCAGCGAAUAUCAAAAAGCAGAUUUGUGCAGUUUAUAAUAAUAAUGGAGAUUGGAGAGAAUUGGCCAAUAAUAUUGGAGUGAAGCGUUCGACGGCUUACCGCUGGGUGAAAAAUCAGGAUAGAAUACCCAUGCAACGUGGAGGAAAAAGGAGAACAAAAAUUACAGAAGGACAUCGCGAAUUUAUAGUGCAAUAUGUGGAGGAAAAUAAUAAAAUCACGCUGAGAGAACUCAGACAAAAGUUUCUAACAGAUCACCAAAUUAUUGUAUCGUCUGAGUGUUUGCGGAAACAUUUGGAUGGAUUGCUGUACACUUUGAAAGAUGUACGCAGAGAACCUGAAAGAUUGAAUAGUGGUGAAACAAAACUACGAAGAAAAGAAUAUGUACAACAGCUUUUAAAUUAUCAAUCAGAAAAUAUACCAGUAACAUAUCUUGAUGAAACAAAUUUUAAUUUGUUUAUAUCACGACGGCAAGGGCGAUCUAAGAAAGGGACCAGAUGUCGAUACAUUUCAGCAGGAGGUCGUGGGGCUAAUGUUCAUGUCAUUGGAUGUAUAGGAAACAUGGGAUUGAUACAUCAUGAAAUAAGAAGGGGUUCAUUCAGAAGGGAAGAAGCAAAAGAAUUCGUGCGAAACUGCUUACGAGCUGCUUAUAAUAUUUAUCAAACUCGUGUUGUAUUAGUAGUUGAUAAUGCUCCUUGCCAUGCAGGCUUAGAAGAGGUCUUCCAGGAACCUGAAUUUCAAGACCAUCUUCUUCUCAGGCUCAGUACUUAUAGUCCAAUGCUGAACCCUAUAGAAUUUGCAUGGUCAAGUUUCAAAGCUGCAGUUAAAAGAGCGAUGUCUCUAAGGUUGCAACAGAUUUUGGCUGGCGAAGAAAGGACAAAUCUUCCUCAAAACCAGUAUCGCUUGCGUGAAUUGGAAAUUAUUUUGCGUGAUAAUAUAAACAUAAUAAAUAUCAAUAACUGUGCGAGAUAUGUGGCGCACAUACAGAGAUAUUUUCCGGAUGUUUUGAACUUAGUCGAUAUGGUUGUGUGA